UGUCCGCCGUUUGCUGUCACAUUCUCCGACGACUAGUCGACCUUACAAUCGAGACCCGAAGAAGCCAAAGACGAGGCCUUUCAAAUGGGUUUUCAAUUGGCAGCCCAAUGCAGGAUCGACCGUGAACAUCCAAAUUCUAAACAAGUAUCAUAGUGCGUGGAGAGCAUGAAUGGCGUCAAAGAAGGUCAUUGGAAAUCUACUCCCACUUUUUACAAACUAAUGUUACGAGAUCAAGCAUUAGCCACCGAAUUCCCACGUGAAUUCAUCGGGAUUUCGCUUCUAGAAAAACCAAACAAGCACUAUUUUAUACUUCCAGCCAAUAAGAUUGUGCUUGAAGCGGAUUCUUCUAUUCAGUUAAUAAUGGAGAAAUUGCAGUCUUAUAAAUCCAGGGUCGCCCUUAAUUUCGAGUAUCGAUCCAUGUCGGUUUCGGGUAUCCAUGGACAUAUUCUUGAGGUUACCGUCGUUGGAUGCAACAAAUUGAAGGAUACUGAGUGGAUUUCAAGGCGGGAUCCUCAUGUCUGUGUUGAAUAUGGGAGCACCAAGUGCCGUACAAGAACCUGCACCGACGGUGGCAAAGCGCCUAUAUUCCAAGAGAGGUUCACUUUCACUUUGAGUGAAGGGCUCAGAGAGAUCAAUGUUGUGGCCUUUGAUGAUGCUGCUUGGCCACUCCAGACAAAAACCGGCAGAAAUUUGGGAACAAACUGUUGUUGAAUGAAGGCAGAAGCAAUC